AUGCCUGGAUCAAGCACAGCGUCGUCUAGCCCGAUUCAGUCCAGCCCCCAGCCGAGGGCGCGGGCGGGCACGAGGCCGGUCGAAAGACCAGAUGGACAUGGCACAAUCCAAGCUGCAAGCUACAGCGGCUAUGAAGGAGGCAGAUUCAGGGCGAGGGUGUUUCCUAUUCGCCCCGGGUCAGAACGCAAAAGACGAUUGACCAGUACUGGCGAGGAUGCGAGGCUGCAAUGGGGACACUCUGGGGCCACGGCUGGACCGGCCCCAGAUGGGGGAUCCUCCGGGAGUAGUAUAUUGCCGCAUAGAUCUGUUUCGAUGGUACUGCCUUCGUCCCGCACCAGAUCUUCUAUUUCCGCAGCACCUGGCUCGUCAUUUGCAACAGCAAUUGAUAUCUCUUCCUCGCCCCCAGGGAUGCCUCGUUCUUCUACUUCUGGCGAACAACUGCCAGGUAUUCCUCGACGGGAGAAUCCAACACCUUGGGUUAAUCAACCCCGCUCCGCUACAUCUCAUCAUAAUAAUAUACCCCCACCAGUUAUGGAUGUGGCUCUCCCCAAAUGGCAGGCAGAUUCGGAUGUGUCAGAAUGUCCGAUCUGUGGGAUAGUGUUCAGCUUCUGGCACAGAAAGCACCAUUGUCGAAAGUGUGGGAGAGUCGUGUGUGCAUCAUGUUCUCCGCAUCGGAUUACAAUUCCCAAACAAUAUAUUGUCCGCCCUCCUGAGUUUGUUGACUUCCUCCCCGACUCCCCACCAAUGCCUUCCUCCCACCCUCCACCGGUCGUCGAUCUCACAGGCGACGACCAUGUAUCAUCAACAGCAUCAACAACACUCAAUCCUGCUCUUGGCGGAGGCGAAGAAGUACGACUUUGCAAUCCAUGUGUACCAGAUCCAAACCCGAAUCCCCUUAGCUACAGUACCGUGCGGGCACAUGGCCACCGAUCCACUCAUUCUUUUUCAUCCACUAUGGCCAACGCAUACCAUGCCUUAUCAGGUCCAAACCAGAAUCCUGAAGCUCGUCAGGAACGACGAACCGUGGGUGCAAAUGACCGACCACAAUUCUUGAACGAACUGAACUCGCAACCGCGCCAAGUUCCCUCGACUACCGGCAUAACCCGACCACGCCGUUCAUUUUCUAGCCGUGAGGGUAACCCGCCCCGUAGACCUGCACCAGACGAAGGUGAUUUCUGCCCUGUAUGCAGACGCCAAUUUCCACCCCUGAGUCCCGAGCAGCCUCUUGAGGCGCGCCAAGCUCACAUCAGGGCAUGCAUCGAGGGCUACUUGAGACCGGCUGCCCCGCCCCGUACAUCAUCCGCGCAACAAGCAGCCCGGAUGCUUCCAUUUGUGGCCACAGAGAAGGACUGCCUCGGUGAGGAUGGUCAGGUAGCGGAGUGCACGAUCUGUAUGGAGGACUACGAGGUCGGGCAGACCCUGGCCCGCCUUGAGUGCCUGUGCAAGUUCCACAAGCACUGCAUUAUCGACUGGUUUGAGAGGAAGAUGGAGUGUCCUGUCCACAAGCUUUCCUAA